AUGGUCCCGCGCGACAGACGAAUACAGGAGAAACCUUGUUUAGAUGAAGCGGGGCAAGAGACCACGACCAGCGUCGUCGAGACGAGCGGAAGCGUCGAGGAGCCGCCGUCGCCGGAAGGUCGGCUGCAACCGGAGGAUCUCUCCGUCACGGCCAAGAUCAAGGACAUCCGAGACACCGCGGAGAGCCUGCCACCCCUGAAGACGCCCGAGCUGAAGCUGUCGGUUCGCAAACUGCUCGGAUGUACCCCCUCGCCGCCGCCCAUAUCGAGGGAUCGAUCACCCAGUCCGGAGAAUUGUGUCGAAUUGAAAAGUCGAAGUUCGAAUGACAGUAGAACUCUUGUAUCCUCCAACGAUCAGGCCAAGGUGUCCUCGCAGGUUACAAGGUCGAGCGCACAGGGUCAAGAGGAUUCCAUCAAGGGAUCCAAUUGCCGGAGCAACGGAAGUGGCAACGGCAAGCAGAGGAGAUCGCGGACGAACUUUACCAUCGAGCAACUGGCCGAGCUCGAGAGGCUCUUCGACGAGACGCACUAUCCCGAUGCGUUUAUGAGGGAGGAGCUGAGCCAGCGGCUCGGUCUUAGCGAGGCGCGGGUACAAGUCUGGUUCCAGAAUCGACGUGCCAAGUGUCGUAAACACGAGAGCCAAUUGCACAAAGGCGUCGCCGGGAGCAUGGUGCUGGCGCCUCGCAGCCCGCCGACGACGUUGGAGUCGUGUCGAGUUGCGCCUUACCUGCCAGCCCUCAGGUUGCAUCCGCCGCCGAUGCAAGGAACGGCCGCAAGUGUCACGGUUGGAUCGGCCUUUGACCCGGCAGUGCUGCACUACGCGGCGGCCGGGGGCCUCUUCUGUUUACCGCCGCCGCCGCCGCCGCCCCCGGCGCCGUCGACCGGUCAUCCUCCUCAUCCGCUAAGCCUCGCAGCAUCGCUGGCCGCCGCGGCGGCUCGCUCGAAGAACAGCAGCAUCGCGGACCUUAGGCUGAAGGCGAGACGGCACCAGGAGGCCUUAGGGCUCGACAGGCCCGCGUAA